AUGCAUAUCGAGAAAAAUGUAUGUGAUAGCUUGCUAGGAUUAUUGUUAGACAUUCCGGGAAAAACUAAAGAUGGUGUCAAUGCCCGUAAAGACAAGGAAGAAAUGGGAAUACGUAAAGAGCUUGCCCCUGUUGAAAAAGGUAAUCGUAUUUAUCUGCCACCUGCAUGUUACACAAUGUCAAAGGAAGAGAAAAAAAAGUUUUGUAAAUGUUUGCAUGAUAUUAAAGUUCCAUCUUGUUAUUUCGCAAACAUUAAAAGGUUGGUGUCGAUGAAAGAUUGUAAACUGCUUGGUAUGAAGUCUCAUGAUUGUCAUGUUUUGAUGACACAUAUGAUUCCUAUUGCUGUCCGUGGAUUACUACCAGAGAAGAAGUAUUUCAUGCCAUCCUUUUUUGAUGUGAUGGUUCACCUGGUGAUUCAUAUUGUUGAAGAAAUCAAUGCUUGUGGUCCGCUCCAGAAGACCCCUAAAGUUGCCUACUUCAAUAUCCACAAAAUAACUGGAAAAGAGUGCGAGGAAAAUUUUGCAAGUGUAAAAGAACACUUGUUAGGUGUCUACAAACUUAAAAAGGGCACAAAAUAUUUUCUUGCACCCUUUUUUUAUAGGGCCCAUUGGGUUUUGUUUAUCGUUUCUCCCAAGGAACGAAGUGUUUGGAUUUUGGAUACGAUUUCGGUUAAGGCCAACAAGGAUAAAGAUGAUUAUCCUCUUUCGAGAGCAAUAGAAUCUUCUUUUGGAAGUGGACUUACAUGGACCAUGGUUCAAUGUAAGCAACAAGACGGGUCUUGGGAGUGUGGGUUCAUGGUGAUUUGGUUUAUGGUCCAGUUUGUUUUAAAGAAGCGAUUUCGUUUUCCAAACAAUAUUUGGACCGAGACAACAAGCGUAACACAAGAGAAAAUCGACAUGUUGGUUGAAAACAUCAUGACGCGGUUUUUUAAGAGUAAGAGUGUAGGUUGGUUGAAUGCACCAUGAUGGGUUAGGUUAGUAUAGUUAUUUGAACUGCUUUGGAAGAUGGGUUAGGUUAGUGUAGUUAUUUGAACAACUUUGGAAGUUAUUAUGUUUAGAACAACUUUUGUAAACUUUGGAAGUUAUUAUGUAAUCUAUGAUGUUUGCUGA